AUGUCGGUGGCAAAACUAUACGAGGAAAAAGGAAAGAAAAGAAUGAAGAGAGAAAUGGAUCUCCAUGAAGGAAAAAAGAAAAUUAUGGCCAAUGGGGAACCAAAGUCACAUUCAAGCAACUUACAGUUGGCUCUUACAAUACUUGGCACAGUCACCGGUAUGAUCAUCUUGAUAAUUGGAAUCACCAUGGCAUCAAAAUACGCUCCGAAGCCGCACCAGCAGCCGUUGAUACUCAAAAUCCAUUCUAUCUCGAUGUCCGGCCUUAACGUAUCAUGCUUCUUGACUCGUACAAGAUGGGACUUAUCAGUGUUAUUCGCGAACCGCAACAGCGUAUUAGAGAUGUCCAUACACAGCUUCGAGAGUUCACUGUAUUACAAUCGCAGUUACCCUAUUUCGUGUGCUGUAGUGGAGGCAAUUCACUUGGGACCAAAGAAGCAGAGGCUGGUGGAAAUGCAGUUCAACAAUGCUCAGUGUGGGGAAGAACAACCAUACGUUGAUGAUUGGGUGUUGGAGGGUAUGAAGGAAGAUGAAGAGAAGGGGAUAAUGAGCUUUGUUGUGGGGAUGGAAUUGAGGGUUUCGUAUAGAACAGGUAUAUUGGGAUGGGAUUAUGAUUUAAAGACUGAUUGUCCCAAGCUUGAUAUUGACAUUGUUCCUGGUACUGGCAAUGGUGGAGUCACCUUUCGUCAGCCUAAGAUAUGCUUUGUCCAUUUAAGAAAUUGA